UAUUCUGGUGUUCAGCUCAGCUCGGCUCAGUCAGUUGCCCAAUGGCCGUGCACCGUGAAUGACACGAAAAUUUAGUUUUCCCGCAGCUCGAUUCGCGUGAAAUUCGCCAGGAUCCGGUUGAGGCCUUUUUUCACGCAGUUUAAAGUGUUCCCAGUAGUUUGUAGACAAGUGUUCUGGAAUUAUAAUUAGAUAUUCUGGCUCUCUCGUUGAGAAUUACGUCAGAUGUGAAUUAGCACACCUGUUUCUCUUAUGAAGAAUUUAUCAGUCGUCCUAGAGCAUCGUCUUACUGCAGUGUUGUAAUAGUUAGAAAACGUGAGUGUGUUUUGUGUUGGGAAAUUUGUGCUGUUGAAGUUGGAAAACUCGUUUUCCUUUCCCGCGUCUCCUUCAGAAUGAAGUAACACAGUAAUACGAAAUCUGGUCGUGCCAGGUGGAAAGUGCGAUCCGUGUUUGGGCAGAGAUCAAAGCAACCCAUGUGAGUGGACGAUUGCCCAUAGCUCAGUAAGCUGGGGAAGAUUGGUCAAUUUGAAACAAGAAAAAUAUUGCCUCGAGAUUCUUAGGCUUCUUGGCUGGUUUCGAGUUUGGAGACGUGAAAUUUGUGUGUGACAGGAGUUUUUUAAUCGGUAGCCCCGAGUUGGUGUUGUUGGUCAGUAGUUGACUAGUUCAGUGACAGGCCUCCUGAAUUGAUUCCGCACACAAAUCUGGCCCCGACUUACAAUGUGUGUGCCAAUAAUGCAUACCUGGCCAAUAAAGGUGGAUAGUUUACAUGUCCAACAGAAGCAGCAGCAGCAGCAAAAGUGUCGGCUCCAGCAACAGUAAGAAGCACUGCCAGCAAAAUAACUAGAAGCGGUGGUGCAGAAGCAGAACCAAGCCAAACCAAUCGAAAGUGAAUGUCGAGAGUCUUGGAGCCGUUGAGUGUUUAGCCUGCAAAACAUCAUGCACACACAGCCCAGCUCAUGCAUAUAAAUUGUGAAUGAAGAAGGAAAAAAUAAACUUCGAAAACAAAAUUGUUUGAACCUUUUCGUCACUUUUCACGAAUCGGCUCAAGAAUCGUACUCAAGAGGUUUUCGCGAAGUUCAAACCCACACCAGCUACAGCAGCAAAUAGCAAACAAACAGCAGGCCGGUUUUCAGUGGGUUUCGAUUGUUGGGCAAUAGUUAACGGAGAAUUUUCCGCGGCUAAGGCGGCGGCGGCGGUCAAAACUUUGUUGUGGUUGUUCCAACCAUAACGUGGGCCGUGGAGGUGUCAGAAUGGUGCAAUGUUCGCUAAUUUCGGCCGGCAUCGGGGUCCUGACGGCCGUCUUUGGGGUCCUGCUCGGGUGGGUUGUGUUUCCCGGAGCCGUCCAUGACAAAAUCAUUGAGAACACAGAACUUCGGCAAGAUAUGCCCCAGUUCAAGCGAUGGGAAGCGCUUCCCCAGCCAUUAGAUUUCAAGGUCUACAUCUUCAACGUCACCAAUCCCUACGAAGUCCAGAUGGGCCGGAAACCAAGGGUGGUGGAAAUAGGUCCCUAUGUCUAUUUCCAAUAUCGUCAUAAGGACAACAUACGAUUCAGUCGUGACAGAUCCAAAGUGCAUUUCUCUCAGCAACAGAUGUAUGUUUUUGAUGCCGAGUCGUCUUAUCCACUGACGGAGAAUGAUCAACUCACUGUGCUCAAUAUGCAUAUGAAUAGUAUAUUGCAAAUUAUCGAUAACCAAGCCAAGGAAACGAUCACAAACUUUCGUUCCGAUGUUAACAAUACUCUCGAAAAAAUUCCCGUAGUUAGAGUCAUUAAAAGAAUUAUAGAGAAAACGACGCCAAUCCAAUCGAUCCUCCAAAUUGCUGAGGACGAAACCUACGACAGUCUGCGGUUGAUCAACGUGGAGCUGAAUCGAAUUUUUGGCCGGCCCGAUUCGAUGUUCUUGAGGACCACCCCGAAAGAGUUCCUGUUCGAUGGAGUUCCAUUUUGUGUGAACGUGAUCGGUAUUGCGAAAGCCAUCUGUAAGGAAAUAGAGAAGCGAAACACCAAAACCAUCAGGGUUCUACCAGAUGGAUCGAUGAAGUUUUCCUUCUUCAACCAUAAAAACAUGACCGAUGAUGGAAUUUACACGGUCAACACCGGUAUCAAGGAUCCCAUGCAAACGCAUAUGAUCGAGUACUGGAAUGGGCGAAAUACGCUGGACAACUGGAACAAUCGAUCGCAAGGUCCAGCGUCCACAUGUAAUCGAGUUAUCGGAACAGAUGGGUCUGGCUAUCCACCGUUCCGGGAAGGUGUCCAAAAGAUGACCAUCUUCAGUUCAGAUAUCUGCAGAACUGUUGACAUCAAGUAUGUGGGUCUGUCCAGCUACGAAGGAAUCCCGGCGUUCCGGUACGAAACGGACAGUACCUUCCUGAACGAAAUCGGCCCAGAGUACGGCAACGAUUGCUACUGUGUCAACCGGAUACCCAAGGCGAUCGUCAAGGCCAACGGUUGCCUCUACAAGGGAGCGCUCGAUCUGUCCACGUGUUUCGAUGCCCCAGUGGUGCUGACGAGCCCUCACAUGUUGGGUGCGGCCCAGGAGUAUACGAGCUUAGUCGAUGGUCUUAAUCCUGAUCCGGAAAAGCAUCAGAUCUUUGUCGAUGUUGAGCCGCACACCGGAACCCCACUAAACGGUGGCAAACGUGUCCAGUUUAACAUGUUCCUGCGGCGGAUAGAUUCGAUUCGAUUGACGGAUCGCCUAUCGACCACGCUCUUCCCCGUCGUCUGGAUCGAGGAAGGGAUCGCGCUCAACGAGGACAUGGUCAAACUGAUCGACGACAGUCUCAUGAAGGUGCUGACCAUUCUGGAUGUGGUUCAAUGGGGUAUGAUCGGAGCUGGGUUGCUUCUGGCCGUCGUCGCUCUGAUCACGUACUUCACCAAAAGGAGACCCUCAUCCGGGGGCACGAUCACUCCGACCUUAACGACCACAACCAGUGCGGCCAGUAUUCCGGAAGGCGGUGGACUCGGGGCCAAUCCACUAAAAUGACAGUCACUUACAAUGACCUUUUUGGACUGAACCGACGACUGAUGGCGGAAAGAGUAAAAUUUAAUUUUAAUCAUAUGAAUGCGUGUGUGGGCGUUUGACUGCGUAAACUGUAUGCGCGUGUACGACUGAGCUACUCUAGAGAUUCAAGUGCCAACAUCCCAUAUGAAGGGAAGAAAAGUGAAAGUGAAACUACAUAUACUGGAAGGCAGAUUAUUGAAUUGAAUUUAAUUGAUGAUUGGGGAAAAACCGACAAACAAACAAACAAACAAGUCUUAACAAGGAACCAGAAGCUGAGAAUUCGCUUUCAUGCAUUUCAAAAGUUCAGGAUAAACUAAGUCAAAAGCAGCAAUCAACUAUACGGAUUUCGUCCAAAUUUCAUCGAAACAAACCACAUAUGUAAGCAAGCAUUAUUGGUUUUUUGCUGUUGCAGUGAGUUUUGAUUAAGCAAUAUAGUUAGCGUAUACCUACUUACAGUUAAAGACAGUUAAAUAGCUAAUUUUAUGUGAUCAUUUGUAGGUAUGUAUUAAACAAUAAAUAAAGGUUUAAAUAAA